UGCUGUGUAAUCUAACAAGAUCAACAGAGAAAGAGGUCAAGAGAGAAGAUGGGAGGAGUGUCUGACAAGAUCAGCAGAGCGGAACUGAGGGCAGGCGAUCACAUCUACUCAUGGAGGGGGAGGGCCUUAAACCUCUACGCUCAUCACGGAAUAUAUGCAGGUGAUGGGAUGGUGAUCCACUUCACUCAGGCUGCGGCCGGCGUUUCAGUUAGCUCUCAUUCUGACAACCCAUGCCCAAUUUGCGGGUAUCACUCGGGGCUUGAUGGUGUCAUAUCUUCCUGCAUUGAUUGCUUCCUUUCUGGUGGUGAACUCUACUUAUAUCGGUAUGGUGUCUCAUGGGCCAAAUAUCGACGAGGGAUCAGUAGCCGUAAGGCUUCUGAUCCACCCGAAACUGUCCUUGAUCGUGUUGAAUCUAUUCUUCGUAAUGGUUUUCUUGACUACAACAUCUUAAUCAACAACUGUGAGAACUUUGCAAUCUAUUGUAAGACGGGUGAAGGCAUUGGCAUCCCGAUUGGACAGGCAGCAGACAUUUUAACCACUGCAGUGGGAUUGCAUGGGGGGAUGAUUGGACAGACAGCAACCAUUUUACGCUUUGUGGAGGGAUUGCAAGGGGCAAGGACCUAGUUAGUAAAUUCGUGUAUCGUAUACGUACGAAUUUUGGGAAAAUACUCCCGUUUGUAGAUUAGAGUUAAAAGAUACAAUAAAAUAAGCGUUUUUUUCAUCAUCAUGUAUGUAACGCGUUUAUUCGUUUAUUCAUUUUGGUUGCUC